CCGUAUCUAAGGGGGUGCCAUAUCCCCCCCCUUCGACUUAGCAAUGAGGCAAUUGUGGACGAGGCAAUUAUUAGUUGACUUGGCAUCCUCGCAGAGACAAGGUUUUGGCAAAUUUUAUUAUUCCUUACCAUGUUCCUUUCGCCGUGUUGGGAAACUAAAACUUCGGUUGAUCUUACGGCGACAUCAUGGAGAAGGGAGUCGAACAGCGAGACGCACCCGUUGCUGCAUUGCGGCCGGUCGACACGAAAUCGGUCGGCGACAAGGAUGUCGCUAUUGCGAUGGUCGGAGAGGAAGGGCAUGCGGUUGAUCCCGUCGUCGUCCAGCGUGCCGUUCGCAAGAUCGAUUGGUUUUUGAUUCCAGCCAUGACUGUUGGCUAUGGGCUCGUGUAUUACGAGAAGGCUAUUCUAGGAUCUGCAGCCCUAUUCGGCAUGACGGCCGACUUGAAGCUCAGCGUCCCGGAUCCGCGGCACCCACCCGCGGUUGACACGUCGCGGCUCAGCUGGGCAACGUCCAUCUUUUAUUUCGGCAUGCUGGGAGGGCUUUACCCCAUGUCAUAUGCUCUGCAGCGCUUCGAGACGGGACGUGUCCUCGGAGGCGUCGUUGUUCUCUGGUCUUUGAUCUGCAUGCUCACUGCUGCGGUGACCUCUUAUCAGGGGUUAUAUGCACAACGCUUCUUCCUGGGUUUUAUUGAGAGUGUCAUUCCUACGGGAUUCAUGUGCAUCACCAGUGGGUAUUAUACGCAGCAAGAACAAUCUCUGCGACAGAGCUGGUGGUUUUCCUCGACCGGGCUCUGGACGAUUAUUGGUGGCGCACUCAACUAUGGAUUUGCCCAGAUAACAGGGGGUGGUCUACGCCGGUGGCAAUACAUCUACCUCUUAGCUGGAUGUCUUACAUUUAUCUUUGGCCUAUUCUGCUUUGCCGUUCCGAGCUCUCCUGUGUCGGCGUGGUUCUUGACUAAAGACGAAAGGUUUGAUGCGGUGGAGAGACUACGAUACGGUCAAACUGGCGUUCGCUGUACCAAAUUUAAAUGGUUGCAGCUGAGGGAGGCUGUGUUCGACAUCAAGAUAUGGCUAAUAGCUAUCAUGAUGGCCUCGGCUUAUACCGUCAAUGGUGCUGUCUCUGGCUUCGGUCCUUUAAUUGUAUCAACGUUCGGUUGGAGCACUCUGGAGUCUAUCGUCUUCCAAUUUCCACUGGGAGGUUUAUGCUUGAUCACAAUCCUACUCACAGGCUGGCUUGGAUCGCGCUACCCAAAUAUUCGCAUAUUGAUGCUGAUUAUCUGUUGUCUUCCAGUCAUAGCAGGUUGUGCCAUAAUCUGGAAGAGCCAGUGGACAUAUCACGCUGCGGCACCUGUGGUAGGUUAUACGAUUACAGGUACCUUUGGUGCCGUGGGAAGCUUGAUCAUCACGAUCGGAAUGUCCAACGUUGCCGGGCACACCAAGAAGAGCUUCACCUCGGCGACUAUCUUUGUCGCAUAUUGUGUUGGAAACAUCAUCGGACCGCAAUUGAUUAAGAGUUAGACUAAAACAUCUCAUUACCCCGAGCUAUGGCUUGGACUCAUCAUAUGCUAUUGUAUCACCAUCAUAACUUCAAUAGCCCUCUUUGUAGUUCUCAGACAUGAGAACCAAAAGAAAGGAUCCGCAAUGGUGGAAGAUGAAGCCGAGAGAGCCAAACUUGCGUUCCAAGAUCUCACGGAUAAGGAAAACCCCUAUUUCAGAUAUGUCAUGUAGGACUGGAAUAAAGAUCUCUGAUGAAUGACGCGGAACCUAAUCAAAUUUAUUCCUUGGGAUUCUCUUCUUGUUUUGUCUGGUUAUUUCCCAGUAAGUAUUACUAUUAAGAUUCCCGCCGUUACUUCGUCAUCCCUUCCUGCUUUGGGUGUGAGCCAAAUAUGCUUUUGAAGCGUGUGGAAAGCUUGGAUGACUUCACUUCCCCGCCCUCCUCAGAAAUGGAGCCCAGACUCAUAAGGCUACUUCUACGGCACUUCACAGCAUCGCCAAUGGAUUCCAUGUCGUGCACUAUCGCUUCCUCCCGUGUUCCUAAUUAUUACAGAGGGAUAUUACCAGCACCUCCUAUU